UAUGAAUCCUCUUUUAAGACAUAAUAAUGCUGAAAGUAUAUUUUUAAUGAUAUAUUAAUUGAUUAGGUUCUGCUUUAAACAUUCCAGCUCCAUAACCAACAGAUUAUGAUUGGGUUUUGAUAUCUGGAUUUAUAGUAAUUUUGACAUAAGUUGGAUUUGCAUUUAUCGGAGCAGGAUCAGUGAGAUAUAAAAAUGCAUAAUCAGUUGUAAUAAAAGUAUUUUUGGGACUAUUUUUAACAAUAUUAAUUUGGUGGUUGGUAAUAAUUAUUAUCUAAAUUAGUUUGGUUAUGGUUUUUCUUUUGGAGAUGAUUUCUAAACUAAAUUUUUGGGAGGUACAAAAUUAGGAGGUGCAAAAUGGGAAGCCACUUAAUAUGGAAAUGAUUAUACAAAUUUUGGUAAUUAAUUAAUUAUAUAUAAUAUAGUAUUUAGAGCAUCAGGAGCAGCUAUUGGUAUUGCAAUUUUAGCAGGAGCAGCAGCUGAAAGAAUGACAUUUUUAGGAUGGUCUGUAUUUACACUUAUUUAUUCUGGAUUUAUAUAUGCAGGUUUGACUCAUUGGACUUUAGCUGCAGGAUGGUAUUGUUUAAAUUAAUUAUUAAAGGUUAUCUUCAUUGGGAUUCAAAGAUUUUUCAGGUGCAGGAGUAGUUUUCUUUGCAGCAGGAGCAGCAGGAUUGAUUUUGACUAUUAUCUUGAAACCAAGAAAAACAAGAUUUGAUAAUGGUGCCACAAUGGAAUUCAGUAGACAUUCACCACUCUAUAUUGGAUUUGGAUCAUUAUUAGUAUUUGCAGGUUGGUUAUUCUAUAAUGGUGGUGUUGUUGCUUAAGGAUCUAAAUCAUAAUAUUCUUAAGGUUUGGUUGCAGUAAAUACUUUAAUUGCUGGAGCAACAGGUGGAUUUGUUAGUUUUGUUAUCAGAUAUUUCUAAUAUGAAACAACAAAUUUAGUAGCAUUAUCAAGAGGAGUAGUCAGUGGAUUAGUUGCUGUUAGUGCUGCUGCAGAUGAUAUGAAACCAUGGACUGCAUUUGUUUAUGGAUUUAUUGCAGCAUUAUUUUAUAGUAUCUUAGCCAAAGCAACACCAUCUGCUCAUAUUGAUGAUCCAGCUGAAGUUAUUCCAGUUUAUCUUGUAAAUAUAUUAAAUUUAUAUUAAUUAGGGAUCUGGAUUUGUUGGUAUUUUCUUAUCAGGAUUUUUUGAUACUAAAGCUGGAGCAUUUUAUGGAUUUGGAUUUAAAUUAUUAGGUUAUCAAUUAUUAGGAUUAUUGAUAAUCUUUGCCUGGGUUGUUUUCUUUACUUUAUUAAUUCUCUUAGCUUUGAAAGGUUUUGGAGUUCUUAGAAUUGAUGAUGAGACAGAAAGAGUUGGAAUUGAUAGAGCAUAAUGUAAUAUAUCAUAUUUAUAUUUUAGGCUUGGGUGAAGCUGUUGUAUUUGCUAACCAAGUUGAUGAAGUACCUCUUGUUUAAAAAACUGAAUUAGCUAAUUUUCCAAGUUAGUUAGGAUCAGGAUAUAGAUCAGGAUUCAAAUGA